UAUCUUUUUCUUUUCUUUCUUUCUUUUCUUUUUAUCUUAGUAUCACUACUAAAAUGGAAGAACAAUUAAGGACCAGACAAUCUGGGUUAAGUGACUUGCCCAGGAUCACAUGACUAAGACUUGUCUGAGGCUAGAUUUGAGCCCAGCUUCUCCUGCUUCUAAACCUGGUGCUCUUUCUACUGUGCCACUUAUCUACCCCCAAAGAACUUUUCAAACCUUAAAGUGAUAUAUAAAUGCUAGUUAUUUUUAUUAGAGAUAAUUGAUAUAUUAACAGAUAAAUAUAAUACACGCACUUUGCACAACUUAAAAUGCUACAUAAUUGCCAGCUAUUAUUAUUAACCAGAUUUAAUAUAAUCAAAGUGCUCUAUCAAUCUUAAGGUGCUAUAAAAUACUAUUAUUAAUAGAUACUUGGGGAAGAGAUGGAUCCAAAGCACUUUGCAAACUUUAGACCUAUAUAAAUCGCAUUAGGCUUCAUUAUUCGAUACAUAAGUGGAUACAAAUACGUAUGCAAAGCACUUCGUAAAAUCUCAAGAAGCUAUAUAAAUGCAAAGAUAGCAUUUUCUUUGUAUAGCGUUUUAAGGUUUGCAAAGUGUGUUUUAAAAUAAUGCCAGACACAUGCAAAGUGCUUUGCAAACCUUAAAACGCUAUAUAAAUAGCAUUAGAAGUUAUCAUUAUUAGGUAGAGCCAGUCUGAUUACUUUAUUGUCAAAGUAAGCAGACAGAGCAGGACGGAUAGAUGAAUGCCACAAUACAUAUUAAGCCCCUUCUAUAAAGCAAGUACUUUGCUACUUUAAGAACAAGGUCCUUUAGACCCUAGAUAAGCACGGUGGGAUAGGUAGUUCUGGAGGAUCUUUUCGAUUGUAAGAAGUCUCGCGAGAGGGUAAUGAGAAGAGGAGGCUCGUGGAGUGGGGCAGCCCUCCCCUCAAAAUUCUACAAGGUAAGAGAGGACUAAACCAUCAACUCCAUCUACUUGGAAGAGUUUCCUUGCUUGUGGCUAGGAGAGAGGGAGUUAUGGGAAGGCACCUGACAUAGGUCGGACGACGAUUGGUUGCUCGCUCUGUGACGCAAGGCAAGGGGCGGGACUUGUCGGUGCCGCCCCUUCGGCUGAGCCAAUGGCCACUCCGGGUUCGUGCACGUGGCAUGAACCUUACUCCCAGGAGGAGUGCCGAGGAUACGGAAUGCGCCCCCGGGAUGGAGAGGGAAGCGGAGCGACUGCCAUCACCAUCCCCGCCACAGUCCCCUCCGCUGCGUCGGCCUCGUCUCCCGACCCGGCAGAAAUCACAGGAAGAGCUGCCGCUAGCGAACUUCGAGGAGGAGCACUACGACUGUUACGACUACUACAACCUACGGGAAUAUCCGAUCCGCGGUCCCGGCUGGAGCAAGGGCCGCACCCGGCGGGAGCGGGAGCUCCGCACCAACCGGCCAGUGCCCGCGGGCCAUGAGCGGAAGAUCGCCCAGAAGUUGUACAACAGCCAGCGGAAGCGGCGCCAGCGCCAGCUUCAGUCACGGCCUCGCACCCGGCUCUCCUGAAGGGGGCGGCCUCCCGCUCCCGUCGUGGUUCUCCCUGGCCAAGGUCAAGGACUUUACAUGGUUCCACGGAUUUCUAGGUGGAGUUUCCCCAAGGUUUAAUAAUUGAAGCAAAACCCAGAAAGCCCUAACAUUUGUCUAGUCGCAUUUCUUCAACCGACCACCUGCCCUUCCCACUGAAGAUACGAGAAAAUAAAGCAUUUAUUAUGCAAAUCAGCAAACAUUUAUUAAAUAUGCCUCCCUACUCAAUGCCAGGUAUUUACUAAGGGCUGGAGAUACAAGACUAACUAUGUGCCUAGCACUGGACUGAACUGAGCAUACAAGCAAAAGACAGUUCCUGCCCUCAAAGAGCUUAAUUUUUAAGGAAAGCCUCCCUCGGACUGUGAGCUCCUUGAGAACAGAGACUGUUUUGAUUUAGUAUAGAGCCUGGUACACAGUAGUGCUUAAUAAAUGCUAGUUGAUUGAGAACUGUAAAUGGACAGAUGGUAGGACUUGGUAUUGCUUUUAGAGCUGGCUUCUGUUAGAGAGCCUUGAAAAAGGACAUUUUUAAAAAUCCUUGAGAGGAGGCAGAAUUGCAUUUUUUCCUCCUAUAGCCUUAGUUUCUGUUUUAGGUUUUGAUUCUAAGACAGAAAAAUGGGAAUUAAGUGACAGCUAGGAAGUAUCGGGCCAGAUUUAAACUCAUGCCCUUCUGACUCCAGGCCUAGGCACUCUAUCCCUUAAGAUAAUAAUUCAAACUCCAGAAAACCUUCACAUCCGACCUUUAAAAACCAAAGUGUUUGGGGCAAGUAGGUGGUUCAGUGGAUAAAGAGCUAGGCCUGGAUGGGAAGGUCUUGAUUUCAAAUAUGAUCUCAGAUAUUUCCUUGCUGUGUGACCUUAAGCAAAUUGGUUAACUUCAGUUGCCCACCACUCUUCUGCCUUGGAACCAAUUCUUAAUAUCCAUUCUAAGACAUCAGGUAAGCAUUUAAAAAACAAACCAACACUAUAAUGUUGCCCCUAUGGGGACCCUCUCAUGGAAGAGAUUGAUGAUCUUUUUGUAUUUAAUUUUUUGCAGGAUUCACAAAGGACCUGGUAAAGUCUUUUCUCUAACUCCAACUAUAUCUGUUGUCAUAAGGGAGAGCUAGAGAGUCCAUGUCGGUCACCAGGACUUUCUUGUUGCCAGCUCUCAGUGGAUUGCUUCAGGACCUUUUUUCCCUUCCAGCACACUGAGGUGUUACAUCAAUAAGACCCAUGUUCAGUCCCUCUGGGGUAUGUCUUCUCUUUAGGAUUCCUAAUUAAAGCAGAGCAGCAAGAAUGGUUUUUCAACUCUUCUGUUUUGGUCAAAGUUAAUAUUACUACGAGCAUGAAAGUGGUUUUAAAAUAGGUUCUUGGAUAAGACACUUAUGGUAUCCCGUCAAAUGUUAGUUUGUAGUUUUAGGGACCAAAAUAAUAAAGAUCAAAUCUGUUUUUUCUGUGA